AUGUCACAUAACAUAGAAGAGAAGCCCGAUAUCGUAUCGGCCAGCGCUGUCGAGCAACCGGUGACUGAGCUCGAAGAUGGUCUGGCACGUGAGAAGGUGCAGGGACUCGAGAGAGUCGAGUCGGCCAGAUCGAACGUCAUGGAAGAUCUGGCGAAAGGUGAAAGUGUCUCGUAUGAUGAUCUACCUAUCAUCGAAGUCUCAGAGGAGGAGAACAAGAAGGUGUUGAGGAAGUUGGAUCUGCUACUUUUACCCCUCACCAUGGUCGCUUACACACUACAAUAUAUCGAUCGAAGUGCUAUGAGUUACGCUGCUGUCUUCACCUUCCGUAAAGAUCUCAAACUCACUCCCGAUCAAUACUCAUGGCUCGGGUCUUUGUUCUUCUUUGGAUAUCUGUUUUUCGAAUUCCCUGGUUCUUACCUCCUCCAACGACUUCCACUCAGUAAGACGAUGGGAACGUCUAUCCUGAUCUGGGGUGGAUUAUUGAUGUGCAUGGCCGCACCCACUCAUUUCGCUCCGGCGGCAGUGAUCAGGACAUUGCUCGGAUGUUCGGAGGCUCUCGUCACCCCAGGUUUCGUUUUGCUCGUCUCAAGAUUCUACAAGAGAGAGGAACAGCCAUUGAGAGUGGGGUUGUGGUAUUGCUGUAAUGGUGCGGGAAGUUUCAUUGGUGCUCUGGUCUCUUACGGAAUGGGACAUGUGCACGUCGGAUCAGUAAGACCAUGGGCUUGGAUCUUCAUUGUCAACGGUGGUAUUACUGUUCUUUUCUCCUUCGUCUUCCUCUGGCUUUGCCCCGAAAACCCUCAGACCUGUCGAUUCCUUACCGCUCACGAGAAACGAAUCGCUCUUGAACGAGUAAGAGGAAAUAAAGCCUCUUUGGGAAGUAAAGAGAUCAAAUGGUACCAAGUCAAAGAAGCUUUAUGCCCAUGGAUCGAUCCUCAAGGCUGGGUAUAUUUCAUCAUCGUCUUCACCAUCGCUGUACCCAAUGGCGGUAUUGGAAACUUCUUGCAUCUCAUUCUACAAUCGUACGGUUACACCGCUUUCCAGACUAUACUUAUCGGUUUACCACAAGCUGCCAUGCAAGUCAUUUUCCCUCUCAGUGGAGCAUACAUCGCUAGAAAAGUACCUCAAGCGAGAUUAUACGUACUUAUGGCAUACAUGAUCCCUUCUUUGGUCGGUGUGAUCAUUCAAUACAAGACCAGGAACAGUGGUGCUUUGUUGUUCGGCUAUUACAUCCUUGGUUCCUAUGUCGCCUCUUUAGGUAUCUGCUUCGCUGCUCCAGGAGCCAAUGUCGCAGGGUACACCAAAAGAGUUGUAGUCGGAGCGAUGAUUUUCAUCGCCUACGCUACGGGAAACAUCGUUGGACCUCAUUUCUUCAUCUCGACUGAGACUCCCGCGUACCGAAGCGGAAUGUUCGCCUGUAUCAUCUGUUUCACCAUCACCGUCCCAAUGGCUUUCCUUCUCAGGUUAUACUAUAUGAGGGAGAAUAGGAGAAGAGAUAGAUUGGCCGAGGAAAGAGGUGAAGGAGCGUACGAUGAAUCAAGAGGCGAUUUCAGUGAUAAGACCGACCUGGAGAAUUUGAGUUUCAGAUAUGCCUUGUAA